AUGGCACGUUAUAUCGUUCCAUCUGUGGCUCUGUCAGCGAUUUAUUCUGCCUAUCGGUCGUAUUUCUGUCCGACAUCACCAAGCGCAUUCGGUAUACGGUCACUUGAGGAUGCCAUUAGCUCAUUAAAUGCGAACGAAAAUACACUGGAAGCCUUACGUUUCCUUCAACAUACAACAGAUACUACUUAUCUGAGCUCGUUGAGUCCCACUGCACUGGGAGUGAUGGCUCUUCGAGGCUCAGAACUCAGCAAAUACGUGCCUGUCACAAAAUGCGAAAUGGAUGAGGACGAUUUGACAUUUUCCAAGCUGCUGACGAAGUUCAACUUAGGUGACGACUGGAACUCUGGCAUAGCAUGGCUAAACAGGGUUCCUUGCCCGGAAGAAGAUCUCGCAUGUCCUGAAGAAUGGCUAGCGAGGCGACCUAGCCAGGUGAUGCGAUUACUCCAACUCUUGCGCAUUAUGUUUGUGAAGACGGAGAUUCCAUUUGAUCCAUCCGCUGUUGGCGUGGAGGUUGUUCCGUUUCUAUAUGUGAUAUUCACACAGUUUCGUAAUAGCAACAAGGAACUUGCGCUGAUUGCGUUGAAAAUCCUCUCCAAUGUCGCACUGAAUGCACCGCCAUAUGCAGUUUCUAUAUUCACCUCAGACUGGCUUCCUUUGUUAUCCUCCAUGGUCACUCGUGGUAAAUCAUUGGAAGAAAGGCUGCUUGCACAUAAGAUCUGUCAGAACGCGCUUAGCACUCUGGGUGUUGUCGACUAUCAAUUACGUUCUGAUAUUUACGAGCUUUUCCUCCCGGAUAAGGAGCCAGAGGUUGAUCUCAUUAUGAUUCAUGGUCUUUGUGGAAGUGUAGCGUAUACAUGGCGUCAGAAAGACCACUCCAGUAAUAUUGUUUCUGAUUGUUGGCCGAAGGUUCGAGCAGAUCGUUUCAAAUACCAGUUGGAAGCUGCUGGCAUUGGCAGACGACCAAUUAUUUUUAUCUGCCAUAGUAUGGGUGGUUUGCUCGCCAAACGAUUGUUGUUAGAUCUCCCAGCUCUGGCAGAGAAAACAGUUGGAAUACUGUUCGUAGCUACACCUCAUCGAGGAUCGCCAAUAGCCGCAUGGGGAUAUUCGAUACUCCAUCCAACUCCAGACGUUCUGUUUUUGUUGGAAGAAAAUCCUAUGAAUAAAAAGGCAGGUGAUUUAAAUGAAGACUUCUCAAAGGUCAGCGACAAGAUUCCUGUAAUCGUAAGUAUGGCAGAGACUAAGGAAUCUGAUCUCAUAGGUAAGGCAAAGGGUAUCAUAGUACCAACUCAAUCUGCUGUUUUUGAAAGAGGAGCAGUUUACCAUAUAGAUGAAGUCCAUCAUAAUGUAUGCAAGCCAUCGGAGCGUAGCAGCCCAUCGUAUGGUGUAGUGCUGAAUUUUCUUCGUGAUUCCAUUCAAGAGGCAAGGAAGAGGAAGCAGUCACCAUAG